AUGUCGGAAACAGCAGUGGUUGAACAACCGAACGAUGAAGUUUCAACUGAAAAAAUAAACGCUAGCUCAGUUGGUGAUACUAUCAAAUCUACCGAGCUCACAGCUGAUCAAAAAGAUAAGUUGGAGAAAUUAAUUGGGGCCGUUCCAGAAAUUUUAAAGAAAACUGAUAACCCUAAAUACGAUGAAAUCUUCGGGUACUGUAUCAAUGUUGAUACAAACGAACAUGUCGAUGUUUCCAUUAGAAACGAAAUUUUGUUGAAGUUUUUGGUAGCUGAUGAAUACGACGUUGAAACUGCCAAGACAAGAUUAGUGAACACCUUGAAUUGGAGAAAUAAGUUCCAACCUCUUUCAGCCGCUUACGAAGAGGAAUUUGACCAGGAAUUGGAUCAAUUGGGGGUCAUUACUGGCAACCCAGAUGGUAACAGUAACAUGAAGUAUGUCACUUGGAACUUAUACGGGAAACUUAAGAAUCCUAAAAAGGUGUUCCAGCAGUACGGUGGUGAAGGUGAGUCCAAGGUGGGUGCUAAGGAAGGUACACAGUUCUUGAGAUGGCGUAUUGGUAUCAUGGAAAAAUCAUUGCUGUUUGCAGACUUCACCGACCCAUCGAACAACAAAAUCGCCCAAGUCCAUGACUACAAUAACGUCUCCAUGCUUCGUAUGGACCCCAACGUCAAGGCUUCCACAAAGCAGAUCAUCAGUAUUUUCGGUGCCAACUACCCAGAACUAUUAUCUGUUAAAUUCUUCAUCAACGUUCCAGUAUUCAUGGGCUGGGUAUUCUCAUUCCUCAAGAAAAUGGGUAUCAUCAGCGCUGAAACUUUGAAGAAGUUCCAAGUCUUGAGUAACGGUAACUUGUCUGAAUGGUUUGGUAAGGAUAACUUGCCAGCAGAAUACAACGGAGGCAAGUCUACGAAGUUCAGCCUGUUAGAAGCCUUGGCUGAAGCCACCCCAGAACAUGAUAUACCAGUCUACGCUAAAAUCAUCCUCGCCCAAACCAAAGAUCAAGUAAUUGAAGACACUAACCUCUCCGUUGACUAA